AAAGCGCUUUAUCUAUGGUCACAGUCUAUGGUCAAAAAGUCAAAAAAGCGUUCAAAUUUUUGACACAUGCGGCGUAGUUUGUUUAAAUUUAGUUUAUUUUUGUAAUUACGGGUAGUUUGUGGCCGGAAGGGCGAUAAGAUGUUGGUUUUAUUUGAGACCCCCGCGGGGUAUGCUAUUUUUAAGCUUCUGGACGAAAAGAAAUUGGAAAAAGUGGAUAGUUUGUAUACUUCCUUCGAAACCCCCGAUUUAGCUCAGAAAGUUGUUGCAUUAAAACAUUUCGAAAAAUUCGCCGAUACAACUGAAGCGCUAGCCGCUACUACGGCUCUAGUCGAAGGAAAACUUUCAAAAAGUCUUAAAAGAGCCGUAAAAAAACUCUUGGACACAGAUACAAAAGAACAGCUUCUUGUUGCUGAUGCAAAGUUGGGAUCCGCGUUGAAGGAAAAGUUCAGUUUACAAUGCCUUUCAAAUACGUCAGUGCAAGAACUUAUGCGGUGUAUAAGGUCGCAACUCGACAAUUUAAUCGGGGGAAUGGCGGCUAAAAAGGAGAUGACUGCCAUGGCUCUUGGUUUAGCUCAUUCCUUAUCACGGUAUAAAUUGAAAUUUUCCCCAGAUAAGGUGGAUACUAUGAUAGUUCAGGCAGUGUCUCUUCUGGAUGACUUAGAUAAAGAAUUGAACAAUUAUAUUAUGAGAUGUCGAGAAUGGUAUGGGUGGCAUUUUCCUGAAUUAGGAAAAAUUAUUACUGAUAAUAUGGGAUUUGCAAAAACAGUAAGAAUUAUCGGUACAAGAGACAACGCCUCUAGUUCAGAUUUAUCAGAUAUUCUGGCUGAAGAGAUUGAAGAAAAAGUUAAAGAAGCAGCGGAAAUAUCAAUGGGAACAGAAAUUUCGGAGCAAGACAUUGAAAAUAUUAUUAGAUUAUGCGAUCAAAUUAUCGACAUGACCAAUUAUAGAACCCAAUUAUACGAUUAUCUUAAGAACAGAAUGAUGGCGAUUGCACCUAAUUUAACAGUUCUAGUAGGCGAUCUUGUAGGUGCAAGAUUAAUAUCUCAUGCAGGUUCUUUAAUAAAUCUUGCUAAGCAUCCUGCAUCAACCGUACAAAUUCUAGGUGCAGAAAAAGCACUUUUUAGAGCUUUAAAAGCAAAGAAAGAUACUCCAAAGUAUGGUCUUAUUUAUCAUUCGCAGCUCGUUGGUCAGAGUAGUACAAAGAAUAAGGGCAAAAUGUCAAGAAUGUUAGCAGCGAAAGCAGCUCUAGCAACUAGAGUUGAUGCUUUAGGGGAAGAGACUCACGUGAGAUUAGGUCUUAACCACAGAGCAAAACUAGAAAAAAGGUUGAGAGAGUUAGAGGAAGGAAAUAUAAAGAGAAUAAGUGGAACAGGAAAGGCCAAGGCUAAAUUCGAGAAAUACCAGGGUAUUAGCGAAAUCAAGCAUUAUCCAGAUGCCGCCGAUAGUACUUUACCUAGUACAAGCAAAAGAAAGAGAUCCGAAUCAGAAUCACCGAUAAAAGUCGAAGAAGAAGAAGAAACUGAAGCUGCUGGAGUUACUAAAAAGAAGAAAAAGAAGAAGGUUAAACAAGAACCCGUAGAAGAACAGCAAGUUGAAGAAUCUGAACAAACGCCUAAAAGGAAAAAGAAGAAGAGCAAGUCAAGUUCAGAUGAUAGUCAAAUUGAAGAAGGCAUUAAACAAGAAGCUCCCGAAGAACCAACAUCAGAAAAGAAAAAAAAGAAGAAACUUAAGAAUUUAGAUCAAUCUACUGAAGCAGAGUCGUCUGUGGUUUCUGAGCCUGUUAGCGAGAAAAAGAAGAAGAAGAAAAAGAAACAUAUGUCAGAAAGUACAGAGUAAUACGUGGUGGUGCUAAAUAUUUGGUAUAUAAUAAAACAAUUUCUGCAAA